UUUAGCUAGUAUUUAGCAUGUUGCCCUUUGCAGCGCACUCAUUUGGUUGGCUAGUUCCUUCAUACUACGGUACUAGCGAUAUAAAUAGUCAUUGACAGGUAGUAAUUCAAAGUAGUAACACAAGGUGAACGUCAAGUUGGACUACUCUUUCGGCUGACCCAACGGUGUGGAAUCUUUCAAAAUACCCUCCUCUACUUUUUAGUGGUUUCUGUUUCCUUACAGGCCCUGACUGAGUUAACCCUAAUGAUUGUUCGCCAGUUCACCUGCAGGGGCAUAACGUCACACCUGUUAUUUGCCCGUCUCAGAGCACCAAGCCCACAAGACAUGGCUCGGCCCAGCUCAGAUCUGGCUGCCUUUCGAGAGAUUUUCUCCAAAGCCAAGCAUGUAGCAAUCCUGACCGGCGCGGGGGUCAGUGCAGAGAGUGGCGUGCCCACAUUCAGAGGGGAGGGGGGCUACUGGCGAAAAUGGCAAGCACAGGACCUGGCCACUCCGGAGGCCUUCUCUCGGAACCCGUCCAGAGUCUGGGAGUUCUAUCACUACCGACGAGAAGUGAUGCUGACGAAGAGCCCCAACCCGGCCCACUUAGCCAUCGCCGAAUGCCAGGCCCGUCUCAGCAAGCAGGAUCGGAAGGUCACCGUCAUCACCCAGAACAUUGACGAGCUUCACCGCCGCGCCGGUUCCAGCCCCGUCCUCGAGAUCCACGGCAGCCUGUUUCGAACCCGCUGUAUGAGCUGUGGCCAUGAAGGAGCCAAUCACAAGAGCCCAAUCUGUGCUGCCCUGGAGGGCAAGGGUGCUCCUGACCCGGACGCCAGUGACGCUCAAAUUCCUGUGAAUGACCUUCCCAGGUGUGAGCAGGAGGGCUGUCGUGGUCUUCUCAGGCCGGCGGUGGUUUGGUUCGGAGAGACGCUGGAUUCGAGCAUCCUGACGCAGGUGGAGGAGGAGCUGGAGAGCUGUGACCUCUGCAUGGUGGUGGGCACCUCCUCCGUCGUGUAUCCAGCCGCCAUGUUUGCCCCCCAGGUGGCCCACCGGGGCGUUCCCGUGGCCGAGUUCAACAUGGAGAACACCCCCGCCACCAUGCGCUUCAAGUUCCACUUCCACGGCCCCUGCGGGAUCACCCUGCCUCCGGCACUGGAGCGACACGAGACGGAGCUCAUCUGAGGGAGGGGGAGGGA